AUGAAAGCAUGUUUUUUCGUUCUACUCUUGCUCUGCAUCUUUCUGUUCAGCCUUGCAAGUCAAAUUGACUCACAAAGCCUUCAAUAUAAUAUCAGCACGGUUGCAGGUGGUGGUUCUAUUGUGGGUGAUGGUUUAUUAGCUAAUGAGGCUAUAACAAGCUACCCGUGUCAAUUGGCAAUUAGUUCGAUUAGUGGAGAUUUGUUUUUUGGAGAGGUGGUAUCCAAUAGGAUUCGUAAAAUUACAUCCUCAACUGGUGUGAUAUCUACUAUUGCUGGAACUGGAACUGGUGCAUAUGGUGGAGAUGGCUCCAUGGCUACUGCUGCUCAAUUGUUUUAUCCUUAUGGUGUUGCUCUAAGUUUGGGUGGUGAAAUUUAUAUAGCAGAUUCGAAUAAUAAUAGAAUUCGUAAAAUAGCUACAAAUGGUAUUAUUACAACAAUAGCAGGAACUGGAACACGUGGAUAUGAUGGAGAUGGUGCUUUGGCCACAAGUGCCAAGUUGAAUUUUCCUUCAUCCAUAGCAAUUACAACUAAUGGUAAUAUCUCAACAAUUGCAGGAACUGGAACUGGCAGCUAUGGUGGUGACAAUGCAAUUGCAACAGGUGCACAACUUUAUGCACCUGCAUGUAUUGCAAUAGAUUCUAAUGGUGAAUUUUACAUUUCCGAUUCAAUGAACCAUCGUAUUCGAAAAAUAGCUACUAAUGGUAUUAUUACAACAAUAGCAGGAACUGGAACACAUGGAUAUGAUGGAGAUGGUGCUUUGGCAAUUAAUGCACAAUUAUACAGCCCCACGGGGGUUGUUGUCAACUCAAAUGGUGAUGUUUAUAUUGCUGACUCAGGUAAUAACAGAAUUCGAAAAAUCUCAAAAGGAUACAUCUCAACAGUAGCAGGAAAUGGAAUAGCUGGAUAUAGUGGAGAUGGUGGACUAUCAACAAGUGCUCAAUUAGCCACUCCCCAAUCAGUUGCUAUUAAUUUAAAUGGCGAGAUUAUAAUUGCAGAUUCUAAUAAUAAUAGAAUUCGUAAAAUAGCAACUAAUGGAAAAAUUUCAACAAUUGCUGGAACAUCAUCAUUUGGAAAUAACAUACCAGCUACUUCAGCAUCCAUCUCACCAGUUGGUGUUCCCACUCUCUACAAUAAUAAGAUAAUUUUCGCAGAUGAAUCUCAAAUUAGACAAGUAGACCUUGCAACUAAUAUCAUUUCAUUAAUAUCUGGAACUGAUUAUUUGGCAAGUCCUACAGCAGCUAUGUAUUUCAACAAUGAAUUAUAUAUUCUCUAUUCAAAACUCAAUUUAGAUAAGCCAAAGAUUAAUAUUGUUUCAAGAGUUGUUGGUUCUGAGGGAUAUAAUGGCGAUGAUAUUGCAGCCACUAGUGCACUGUUGAAUUAUGCUCGCUCAAUUGCUGUCAAUUCAAAUGGUGAUGUUUAUAUUGCUGACACUUAUAAUAACAGAAUUCGUAAGGUCUCAUUUUCAACUGGAAUCAUUUCAACAGUAGCAGGAACUGGAAUUGCUGGACAAAAUGGUGAUGGUAAUUUAGCUACAAGUGCACAACUAAAUUUUCCUUCAGGAGUUGCUGUGAGUUCAAAUGGUGAUAUUUAUAUUGCUGACACUGAAAAUCAUAGAAUUCGUAAGAUAGAAACUAAUGGAUACAUUGCAACAGUUGCAGGAUCUGGAGCAUCUGGAUAUAGUGGAGAUGGUGGGCUGCUAACUAGUGCUAAAUUCCAACAACCUCAAGGAGUGGCUGUGAGUUCAAAUGGUGAGAUUUAUAUUGCUGACACUGAAAACCAUGUGGUUCGUAAAAUUUCAACUUCGAAUGUACUUUCUACAAUUGCUGGAACUGGUUCUUAUGGAUACAAUGGUGACGGUGGAUUGGCAAUUACUGCAAAAUUAUUCUCUCCCAUAGGAGUUGCAAUAAGUUCGAGUGGUGAAGUUUUUAUUGCUGAUAAUAACAAUCACAGAAUACGUAAAAUUGCAAAAGAUGGCUAUAUUUCAACAAUUGUUGGCACUGGUUUGAAUGGGUAUGAUGGAGAUGGCGAUUUGGCUACGAAUGCUAAAUUGGGUAAUCCUCAAGGUGUGACUCUAAGUCCAACUGGUGAAUUGUUUAUUGCUGACCAAAACAAUCAUAGAAUUCGUAAAGUAGCAAGUAAUGGAUAUAUUUCAACUGUUGCUGGUAAUGGUAACUUUGGAUUUAGUGGAGAUGGUGAUUUGGCAACAAAUGCUGAAUUGAAUAGUCCUUCAGGAAUAGCAUUCAGUUCCAUUGGUACCAUGUAUAUUGCUGAUCGUUUAAAUAGAGUAAUUCGAAGAGUAAUCUCUGGUAAUAUAUCCACCAUUGCUGGAGGUGUUGGUGAUGGAGGACCAGCUACUGGAGGAUACAUUCAAGCACAAUCAUUUGACAUUUCUUCAACUGGUGAGAUUUAUAUUGCUGACACUGAAAAUCAUAGAAUUCGUAAAGUUUCAACAUUGGGUAAAAUUUCAACUAUUGCAGGAACUGGUGCAAUGGGAUACAGUGGUGAUGGUGGAUUGGCAAUUACUGCAAAAUUAUCCUCUCCCGUAGGAGUUGCAGUUAGCUCAACUGGUGAAGUUUUUAUUGCAGACCGAGACAACCAUAGAAUUCGUAAAGUAACACUUUCUGGUAUCAUUACAACCAUUGCAGGAAAUGGAACUAGUGGUUUUAAUAGUGAUGGAAUUGAAGCAAAAUUUGCUCAAUUGAAUAGCCCUUCCUCAGUCACAAUUUCAGGUGGUGAAAUCUAUAUUGCUGACACAAACAAUCAUAGAAUUCGUCAAAUAUCCAAUACUGGUAUUAUUAAAACAAUUGCUGGAAAUGGAUUUGGUGGAUAUAUUGGUGAUGGUGUAUUGCCACCUAAUGCUCAAUUGAAUAGUCCUUCAGGAGUUGCAAUUUCUUCCACUGCUGAAAUUUACAUUGCAGAAAAUAAGAGAAUUAGAAAACUUACAGCGUUCUGUACAGAGAAUGGUGUGUUGAUUGAUGGAAAGUGUGUAUUUCAAUGUUUUGGAUAUACGAAUAGUAAUUCCUCACUUGUUUGUUCUGGAAAGGGCAACUGUAUUGGAAAUGAUAAGUGCAACUGUUCAUGGCCAUACUCUGGUUCCAAAUGUGAUGAGUUUUAUUGCAAUGGAGUGUUGAAUACUAACAAAACAUUUGUGUGUUCAUCUCAUGGUACUUGCUCAUCUCCAAACAAUUGUUCUUGUGUCGAUGGUUUUUAUGGAAAUAUUUGUGAAUUCUUUUAUUGUAAUGGCGUACAACAAAAUAGUUUAAAUGUAUGCUCAGGUCAUGGACUCUGCUCUUCUUUGAAUAAUUGCACCUGUCAACAAGAUUAUUCAGGCAUUGAUUGUGAAAAUUUCCAUUGUUAUGGACUGUCUAGAGUUGAUCCUAAAGUUUGCUCAUCUCAUGGAAUUUGCUCUUCCAUAAAUAAUUGCUCAUGUGCAACUGGAUAUGGUGGAUCUAAAUGCAACGAAUAUUCAUGUUAUGAUGUGAAUUCUACGAAUAAGACAGUUUGUUCUGGAAGAGGAACUUGUUCUUCUCCCAAUAAUUGUACAUGCGAUCCAGGAUACUAUGGAUCAAAUUGUGAAUUGUACGAUUGUUAUGGAAUAUCCAAAAACAAUUCGAAUGUCUGCUCAGGACAUGGUACUUGCAUUGCUAUCAAUAAUUGUACAUGUACAGAUGGUUACUAUGAUACCAAAUGUGAUUCAUUCAAUUGUGCAGGAGAGAAAUUCACUGGUCAAUCACUGUGUCAGAAUAAUGGUACUUGUUCUAAUCCUGGUAAUUGUGAUUGUCCUUAUCAGUUUGGAGGUGCCAGAUGUGAAUAUUACAAAUGUUAUACCUAUACUUCUAAUGAAGCAAAAUGGAUUGGUGACGAUUGUACACAGACUACUUGUUAUGGUAAAAGUUCAAACUCUAGCUCAGUAUGUGGUGGAAGAGGUAAUUGCACAGACUUUAAUCAAUGCACAUGUUAUGAUGGGUAUAGAGGUGUCGAAUGUCAACACAUUGUCUGUUUUGAUAAGAUUGAAAACGAUACAUCAGUUUGUUCAGGAAAUGGCAAAUGUCUAACAUCAAACAAUUGUACAUGUCAAAUUGGUUAUGUUGGAAAUGAAUGUCAAUAUCACGAAAUUUAUUUGAAUACCUCAUCUGCCAUAAUAUUUUCAUUCCAGGAAAGUUUAAUGAAAUUGUUGCCAAAUGAGAGUGGAAUAUUUUCAUGUUCUGAAAUUUUCACUGAUUCUGAAAUUGCCAAAUUUGGAGAAAGUACUUCGAUUUCUUGCCAAUGGAGAAGAAAUUCACUCCUAAUUCAUCUUGGAUUUGAUUAUUCUAUUCAACAAUACUCAAUUAUUCAAUCAAAAUUCAACUUUUCAAUGAGAGUUUCUAGCUUGUCCUCAGUUUCUAAUAGUGAUGCUCCAUCUCCAACUUGUUCUUUCGGAUAUGUAUUGAAUGAAGCUUCUCCAUUAUUGGAUGUAGUGAUACGUUUGAAUUGUGAUGAGAAUUUGCAUGGUUUUAAAAAGAGUAGAACCAGUUGGAUGUGUAGUCAAUGUACAGGAGCAAUUUCAUCAAUUUUAAGUAACUAUUCGAAUAGAUCCAGUGUUUAUAUUCCAAUUUCGUAUAUGAACGCUUUGAAUCCUGUUCAAGGAUACAAGACAAUUAAUUUGCAAGCUUCUUAUUCAUCAUCUGUUUCUUCCACCAUUUCCACUAGUAAGGAAGUAAAGGUUCAAACCUAUACGAAAUCUUUACCUCCAAGUUAUUACUGGCUAAGUGAUAAUUAUGAUGGAAAAACCUAUUCAUGUGUUGGCCAUAAUUGUAUCAUUGAAACUUCAUUGAAUAGUUUAAACUCCUCAAUUUCUUAUUCAUUCUCUGGUUUAUUUAGUUUAUUGAACACUGAUUUAUAUUCGAAACAAAUGGUGAGAUUGAUAAAUGAAUUUUCAGGAGGAAUUGUCGACAGUGAAUUCAGUUCUAACAUGCAAGUUUUUGGAGUUCAACUCAAGACCUAUGUUUACUUACCGUAUAGUAUUGAUUCAUUCAAAUAUUCCACAUUUACAAAUUUGGAUUAUGUCAUGACAGGCGUCAAUAGAACCUACUCAAUCAAUGCAGAUAACUUAAUAACUAUAGGUUUGACUAUUGAUGAUCCAUACAUUUCAAAAUACACAUUAAGUGAUUACAUGGUAUUCUCCUGGAAAUGUUUCCAAGUUUCUCCUUCUAAUAGGUCUUUAAUUUUGACCGAUAAUUUGUGUUCCUCAAUAACUGACAAUGCCAAAUCAAAUAUUGAAUUGGAUAUCAGCAAAAUGUCUUUGAAAGAAGGUUCAUAUUUAAUAUCUGCUUCAAUUUCAUCGACUAAAUACUUUGUUACAACAGUUUACAAUUAUGAAGGAUGGAUUGACUUGUUGGGAAUUUCACAGGAUUCUCCUCAGAUAACUACAGAUUAUGUACCUGCUAUUACUCCUUCUCAUCACAAUAUUUAUUUAAGAAAUGUGGUGAAAUCUUCAACAAGUGUUUCAUUCUAUUGGAAACUCAAAAGUGGUGAAUUGAAUAUUGACGAAACUGUUGAAGAUUUCCUUCAAAGAAAUACAGUUUCUAAAUCUAUCUUGGGUAACAAUGUUGAAAUUAUCUUGAAUAUUGACAAUGAUUAUCUCAUCCAAGGAGAAUAUUAUGAAUUUGAAUUGUCAACCAAGAAUUCUAACGGUGUUUCAAAUAUUUCCAUUUCAACAAGAAUGGAUUUCACUCCUCGAUUGUCAUGUAAUGUGGAAAAUGUGAAGAAUGAAGCUAACUUGACCAGUUUUGAAUCUUUAAUAUCUAUUACAUGUGUAAAAUUGCCAUACGAAAGUAUAUCAAGUUUCGUCAUGGAAUUCCAUUCACAAAACGAAAGAUUAGGAGUCAUUUCGAAUACUCCAAAGAAGGCUCUUAUUACCAGAGUUCCUUAUGCAAUGGAUGGAACAGUUACCUUAAUCGUGAAACUUCAAAAUUUAUAUGGAUCUAUUGGAAUUUAUAGAACUACUAUCAGCGCUCAAUUACCAAAUGCUUUGACAAGUGACAACUCUAUUUCUUCAAGAUUUACAUAUGUAUCCAAACAAUUCCAAAUUCUCAAAAAUGCUCAACCAGCCAAAAUUGAAGUUUCCAACGAAGUCAACACCUUACUUUCUUUAUUAAUCCAAAACGAAACUCUUUCUAAAAUUUCAGAGAAAAUUUCAAAGGAAUUGAAAUCUGAUCAAUUAGUUUCCUUUAAUACAAUGCUCAAAGAAAUGCUAACCCUCACCAAGAGUCUACAAGACAUUACUUACAAAGUUGAUGAAAGAUUAAUUCAAUUAAUUCUGCCAAUUGUCAACAAAAUUUCCACAAUUCUCAAAUUAACUCUUGACACAUCGUCAUUAUCCAAUUUUGCUUCAGAAUUGGAAAUUUGGUUGGACUGGAUUUAUUCAGGAAUGAAUAAGGCACUCAAUUACUAUCCAACUUUCAUUUACAAGGAAUUAUUAGAUGAAUUUCAUUUACAAGAAAUUGUUUCGUUACAAAAUAUACUUUCGAAUAUAUACCAAAAUAAUUUGGAUCAACAAUUUAAAUACCACAAGUACAAUUUACAAUAUAUCAAGCUUACAGGAAGUAAUAGUGAUAAUUCAAGCUUUGUGGAAGAUGUUGAGUUUUCUGAUUUAUUGAAUGACAAGUCAAUUUCACUUUCUGUUUCUAAUUUUAAAGUUGAUAUGAAAUUACCAAGUGAUUUUACCAAUCAAAUUUCAUUGAAAUCAAAAUCAAAACUAUACUAUUCCAUUACCUCAUUCAGUGAUAAUCAAACUGGUUCAAAACUUUUACAAAACAAACCAAUAAUUGACCUAUCUCUGUACGAUACAUCUUACAAUGCAAUAUCAGUUGACAACAUUAAUCCACCAAUAGUUUUCAAGUUCCAAGGAUUGUUUUCCACUAACAAGACUAAUAUUAACACAACUUGUGUCUAUUACAAUACCAUACUAGGAAAAUGGUCAACCAAUGGAUUGCAAACAAUUACAAGCGUUACCAAACGAACUGAAGAGUACAUGUACUUUGAUAUGGAAUGUCAUUCAAGUCACUUGUCUGUAUUCUCAGUUCAAGAGGUUGAUUACAACACCCCAAUUAUACCAGCCAUUUCAUCUAACAAAGCUUCAAACCAACAAGAAAAUCUCACCAUUAUUUUAGCUACUGUUUUACCUGUUAGCUUUUUAAUCCUUAUUUUCAUUAUUAUCCUCUUUGUGUUUAUCAUUUUACUAUUCAGAUUUAAGCAAAAGAAAGCAAAUGAAUUUGCCAUUGCAACCAAAACCAAUCUUGAAAUGGAAGGUUUCUCAAGCAGUGAUUUCCCAUCCUCAGAAGGAAGCAUGUUUAUUCAUCCUCUUAUGAGUAUUUCCUCAAAUGGAACAACUAGUGAAGCAUUCAAUCCAUUGUCAAGAUAUUCUGAUUUAGUAAGAAUUGGCCAAGGAGCUUUUGGAAGUGUUUUUAAAGCAUUUGAUAGUAAGACGUCAACUGUUAAGGCGAUUAAGGUAAUUAAAUAUUCAUCCAUGGAGGAGUUGAAUAAUUUCAUGAAAGAAGGAACGCAGUUGAUGAAUGUGACACAUCCUUAUAUUUUGAGAGUGAAUGAUUUCUUUGUGAGUAAGGAUCAAUUGCUAUGUAUAGAUAUGGAUUUUUAUGAAUUAGGAGAUUUGGUCAAAUUGACCAAUGUUGAAUUUGAUUGCUCGGAGAAGUUAAUCAAACAAAUUAUUUAUCAAAUGUGUCAAGCUUUGGAUUAUAUUCACUGCAAUAUGAAAAUCAUUCACAGAGAUAUCAAACCAUCUAAUGUUUUUGUAAAGAGUAUGGAAAAUGACGAUAUUCACAUUAUUGUUGCCGAUUUCGGAUUGGCUAAAUCAAAUAUUGGUGGAUCAAUGAAUAAUUCCUAUGCAGGUACACCUAUAUUUAUGUCUCCUGAACUUGGCUUGGGUGGAAAAUAUUAUUACAAUACUGAUAUUUACAGUUUAGGUGUUACUGUAUAUCAAAUAAUGACCAAAGACACCUCUACUUCAAUCAGUCAAUUGUAUCUUGGAAAGGAACAAAAUGAAGUUACAACGCUAUUGAGAAAAAAGCUUAAAGAUGGUGGACAUUAUUCUGAACGAGUUGUGGAAUUGGUUUUACAAAUGUUAACAAAGGAUAAUUUAACUAGGCCACAAGCUCAAGAUAUUUUGGAAAAUUCCUAUUUUGAUGAUUUGAGAAUGAAACGAUAA